AUGACUGUUCGGAUCCCGCUCAUUCGGGACACAUACCUUACGCUGAUCUCUAUGUACGCCCCUAUCCUCACGUCUGAAGAUGACGUUAAGACUUCGUUCUACAAUCUGCUGGACUGCACCAUUCAGACAGUCCCCGCGCAUAACAAACUCAUCGUGUCGAGUGACUUUAACGGCAGAGUCGGCUGUGACCAUUGUCACUGGAACGGCAUUCUUGGUCAUUACGGCAUUGGGAAAUGCAAUGCCAAUGCCCGGCUCCUCUUGGUCCUUUGCGCCAAGCACGAACUCGUCACCACUAACUCCUUAUUUCGUCUCCUACCCGACAAAAGACGACUCGGAAACACUGGUAUAUCCUCGACUACAUUCUGA